AUGAGAUCGCAGUUCGAAUUGUCCGUAGCGUGCGUGCAAGCUUCCGCGACGGAACUGCUGGGGCAGAUGUCAAACCAGCAUUUGGGGGGCAAGGCAAUGCCAUUCAGGUUCCUCCAACCUCUUCGAGCUGUGCUCGCCGCCUGCAUCGUGGCUGGCGUGGCGGCAACAGGAGGAGCUCCGGAACUCCUCCAGCCCCACUUAAAACCCUUUAAUACGGACGACUUCGCUCCGCAGUUUCUCGCGGAGGAGUCAGUACACAAUUCUCCUGCAUAUGCUGCCGCGAAUGGCGCCGUCCUUGCCAACUUUGACGACACUCUUGCAGACGACGAUAACUUAGCGGCUCGACUGACUGCUUACGGACUAACCGGUUUCGCGCAUUUGUUAAGAGAGUCCGGCGUUUUAGAAGGCGUUCCUCAGUUAAACACUUUAUCCCCGUUGACAGUCUUCGCGCCUUCAAACGAUGCGCUCCUCUCGCUCUCCCCAGCGGCACUCGCGGGUCUACAGUCCUCCGAUAACCGCGAGUCGUUACGCAGAAUACUCAAGUUUCACUUCAUCCCCGUUAGACUAUCUCCCUUUGAUUGGAAUGGACGGGAGACAACCCUUUUGGGUACACCCGUGGAGCUGCACAUGGGUUCAGAUAGCUUUUUCGUCGCCAAUGUUAGUGUAACGAAGGCGAAUGCGAUUAAGAUAAAGACCUGCAACGUCCAUGUAAUAUCUAGCCUGCUUUUCCCGCCGCUGGAUGCGAUCAGCAACCGAGGCAAGAAUAGAGGCUCGGGAACCGAGCCUGAGGGAAGGUUGGGGGCGCCGAUUCGCACGCGGCACGGCGUUCGGCGGGACUCGUUCCGAGAUGCAAUCUUGGAAGUUGACCCGCAGGAGGUUCCCUUAGGUUUCAUCUCACAACGCCUUGCUUCUACGGACGGCGAUUCGGGCGGCUCGAACGACCAGCGGAAGAGCAGAAGCUCAGAUCCAUCUGACAGUGAAAGCGAAAUUUACGAAAGCCGUUACGAGAUCUCUCACAGCAACUACGAGCGGCGCGAGGUUGAAGAGGACGCGGCGGAUGUGGCUCCGCAGUGGGAGCAGUGGGGCGUGGGAGGAGCGGGGGAGGCAGGCGGAGAUGCAGCGCGGCGGUCGGCGCUGCUGGAGCAGAUGCUGUCCGCCAAUCUGCGCCUCUCCGCCUUCGCGCAGGGCUCCGAGCCCGGACCUGCACCUCCCGUGGAACCGUCCACUUCUCCCCCCAGUUACUACCAGCCUUCGUCUUCUCCCCCGCCAGCUGCGCCAAACACGUCAUCCCCGCCAUCGUCUUCCCCCACGUUGUCAACGGGAGCCAUCAUUGGCAUCGCUGUGGGUGGCAUCGCCCUUCUCUGCGCCACCGUCGCGACCAUCCUCGUUGUCUUCCUGUGCGCGCUCAAGAAACAGCGCAAAGUGAGUGAUGGCUCGUUCACAAGACGAGUUGCCUUUAUGACAACCCACCGAUCGGUUGACCCCAUGGACCCCACGGUGCUGUGGGCGGUGAAGCGGGCGAAAGUGAUAACAAACGACUUCAAGAGAGAGCGCACGGAGCAGAUUCUCAUCUACGAGUACAUGCUCAACGGCGACCUCGAGACCUGGGUGGGGCCAGACGCACCCAGGUUCCUGACGCUGUCGCAGCGGUUUGCGGUGCUGAUAGGGGCGGCGCACGGGCUGGAGUAUCUGCACAGCUUUGGCAUCGUGCAUCGCGACAUCAAGCCCGCCAACAUCCUGCUGGACCGCCACAUGCACGCCAAGGUCGCCGACUUUGGCCUCGUGCGCAUGGGCGAGGGCACCUCCGUCGGCACCACCCGCAUCCUCGGCACGCCCGGCUACGUCGACCCUGCGUACACUCGCACUCGCAGGGCCACAACGGCAACCGAUGUCUACAGUUAUGGAAUCGUGAUCCUGGAGGUCAUGACUGGGCAGAGGGCGAUGAUGGGCACGGGCGAACAGCAAAUCAACAUUAAAGACUGGGCCGAUCAUCAUGUGCUUGCUCGCGAUGCCAACAGCCUCAAAGACCCUCGCCUUGACAUCCCCAUUCCCGACGAUCUCAUGCUGCGCAUUGCUCGAUUCGCCCUGACCUGCACUUCUCUCCCCACUGCAAAUCGCCCGACCAUGAGCCAGAUUUACACCGAGCUAAAGAACAUGAAGCAGGAAUGUUUUGGAGUUGAGGAGAACGUAGCUGCUAAUAUGGUGGAUGCGGAAAUAUCGAGCGUUGUCAAAGAAGCUGCAAUCCCACUUGAUGAGCAAAUAGCUCAGAUCAGUGAGCUUGCAUCAGAUGCUUCUGGCAUGGGACCUUGGAGAUCUAACCCAUCUGGGUCAGGAGUGUCAAUCUAA